AUGGAUUUCAACGCGCUCCUCCGGACCUGCACCUGCGCUCGCGCCCUCAAGCGCCUCCACGCGCUCCUGCUGGUCUCCGGCCGCUCCGGCGACGUCUUCCUCUACACGAAGCUCGUCACCAUCUACUCCCUUCUCGGCGAUCGCCGCUCGUCCCUUCUGUCCUUCGAUCAGAUCACCGGGAAGAACAUCUUCACAUGGAACUCCCUAAUCUCCGGCCACACUCGCAGCGGCCGCCACUCCGAAGCAGUGGGCUGCUUCCACCGGCUCGUGACCGAGACCUCCGUGCGCCCCGAUGCCUUCACCUUCCCCGCGGCAUUGAAAGCUUGCGAGCAGCCGGCGGACGCAAGAAGACUGCACGCGUGGAUCCUCAAGCUGGGCUUCCAGUGGGACCUCUUCGUCUCCGCCUCGCUGGUACACGCCUACUCGAGGUCCUGUCUAAUGGCUGACGCCCGUAAGGUGUUUGACGAUAUGCCUGUGAGAGACCUUGCAUCUUGGAACGCCAUGAUUUCUGGGUUUUGCCAGAACGGCAAUGCGGCUGAGGCUCUGUCUGUGUUCGAGGAAAUGGUGAAGCGGGGUGUGGGCGUUGACCCAGUUACCAUCACCAGCGUUCUCCCCGUCUGCCCUCCGCUGGGAAAUCUGCCGGUGGGCCUCUCCAUACACUCCCACGUCGUCAAGCGUGGGCUGGACGGCGAUGUUUUCGUCUCCAACGCGUUGGUCAACAUGUACUCCAAGUCUGGUUGCCUCGGCGAUGCGCGUCAGAUAUUUGACGCAAUGCCUGAGAGAGACCUGGUUUCGUGGAAUUCCAUGAUAUCUACCUACGAGCAGGGUGGAGACUCAAACACUGCUUUCGAGUUCUAUCACAGGAUGAAGGUGAGUGGCAUCGAGCCCGAUGCGCUCACUCUGGUGAGCAUAGCUUCUGCGGCCUCCCAGAUUGGUGAUGCCCAGAACGGUCGGUCGGUGCACGCCUUUCUCUUGAGAAGGGGCUUGGAUUCUGCGCGCAUUCUUGUGGGCAAUGCUGUUGUUGAUAUGUAUGCGAAGUUGAAUGACAUGGCCUCUGCCCGUAGAGUGUUCGACGGCUUGCACACCAGAGAUGUGAUUUCUUGGAACACUUUGAUCACCGGUUAUGCUCAGAAUGGGUCAGCGAGGGAGGCUAUUGACGCCUUCCACGCGCUGCAAGAGCAGGAGGUGAUAACCCCAAGCCAAGGGACACUAGUAGCCGUCUUACCUGCUUAUGCCCACGUGGGAUCUCUGCAACAGGGCAUGCGGAUCCAUGGCCUCUCCAUCCACAUUGGAUUGAAAUCAGAUGUCUUCGUCUCCACCUGUCUCAUUGAUAUGUAUGCAAAGUGUGGGAGGCUGGGAGAUGCUGUGCUUCUAUUUCGCGAAGCGCCCAGAAGGAGCUCGAUUCCCUGGAAUGCCAUCAUAGCUGGUCAUGGAAUCCAUGGGCAUGGCGAACAGGCGGCCAAGCUCUUUCGAGAAAUGGAAGAGGAGGGGGUCAAGCCAGACAAGGUGACCUUCAUCUCCUUGCUGGCGGCCUGUAGUCACGCUGGGUUAGUCGACCAGGGCCAAAGCUUCUUCCAAAGCAUGCAUAGCAAGUAUGGGAUUGAGCCCACCAGGAAGCACUACGCCUGCUUGGUAGAUUUGCUUAGUCGUGCCGGGGAUUUGGACGCUGCCCAUGAUUGCAUAAGGAGCAUGCCGAUGAAGCCGGAUGCUUCUGUGUGGGGUGCUCUUCUCGGUGCCUGCAGGAUCUAUGGGAAUGUGGAGCUCGGCGCAUUAGCCUUCGAAAGAUUAUCUGAGAUUGACCCAGAAAACGUCGGUUACUAUGUUUUACUGUCAAACAUGUACGCGAAAGUGAGAAAAUGGCAGGGGGUGGACGAGGUUAGGUCCCUUGUGAAGAACAGGGGGUUGAAGAAGACUCCUGGGUGGACAUCCAUGGAGGUGGGCACUGAGGUUCAUGUGUUCUUCACGGGGAGCUUCUCUCACCCGCGGUCUGAGGAGAUCUACAAGGAGCUGAGGGCUUUGCUGGAAAGAAUGAAGGCCCUUGGCUAUGUGCCCGAUCACAGCUUCGUCCUGCAGGACGUGGAGGAAGACGAGAAAGAACACAUCUUGCAGAGUCACAGCGAGAGAUUGGCAAUCGCGUUUGGUAUCAUCAACUUGCCUCCUGGGACCCCGAUCUCGAUCUUCAAGAACUUGCGGGUUUGUGGCGACUGCCACAGCGCCACGAAGUUCAUCUCCAGGCUCACAGAGAGGGAAAUUAUUGUGAGAGAUUCGAACCGUUUUCAUCAUUUCAAGGAUGGGCUCUGCUCUUGCGGGGACUAUUGGUGA